CUAAAGAGAUACUCGUCGCAUUUUACUGAUACUGGUUUGUAAAUAGAUAAACUGGUGAUGCGACUUUUCACCCGAAGAAGAUAAUUCCCAUCGAAACACAUUUAUCCCAAACCUUCCCGCCACCAGCAGCAGCAGCUUGGCCAUAGCUCAAACUCAUGGCCGCCGCCGUAUGCCUCAUCUCCCUUCCAUCACGUGCCGCACCACCCUCCUCCGUUACUUUCAUCACGUGCUCCACCACUUCCCCUUCCACAAUUUCCACCAUUCCACCGCCGCCGCCGGCACCACUAUUGCUCGUUCAAGAGCCGAAGACGACAAGCCCUAUCUCCCCUUCUUCAUGCGCUCUUAACUGCCGUCACUUCCAAUCCUGCUCCGGUUGUACUCACGAGUACAACCUUCACCACCCUCCCAUUCUCGCCGACGUGAAUAAAUUCUUCAAGAAAAUUGGUGUUUCUAACUUCACAUUCGAUAGUUGUAGACUCUGGGGAUGGAGAUGUCGAGCAAAGCUUGCGGUUCGCGGUUCAUCUAUGAAACCAUUAAUUGGGCUUUAUGAAGAGGGCACUCAUAAUGCAGUUGAUAUUCCUGAGUGCCAAGCUCAUCAUCCACGCAUUAAUGAGGCUGUUGACUUACUAAGACAAGCGAUAGUGGAACUGAAUAUUGAACCGUAUGAUGAAGACAACGGGACGGGUGAACUAAGAUAUGUUCAGAUGGCUGUUACGACGUACAGUACAUCUCUCCCUUCGGCAGAAAGAUACAAAAAUGGUAAAGUGCAGGUUGCUUUGGUUUGGAAUUCGAGAAGUGAGAGCUCACCCAGUUUCGAAAAAUUAAAUGCUCUGUCCAAUUAUUUGUGGAAUAAAGGGGGGCCAAGGAGAGACGUGCAUUUGAUACAUUCUAUUUGGGCCAACUUUCAGACAUCAAUGAGUAAUGUUAUUUUCGGGAACAGAUGGAGACAUCUUAUUGGAGAGAGAGACUUCUGGGAGCAUGUUGGUGGAAUUGAUGUUUCUAUGGUCCCUUCAAGUUUCGGGCAAGCAAAUACACGGGCUUUUGAUUCUCUGCUCCAGAAACUACAAAAGUGUGUGCCUUAUGGUUCAUCAGUAGUUGAUCUCUAUGCUGGUGCCGGUGUGAUUGGUUUAUCUUUGGCUGCCACAAGGAAAUGCAGGUCAGUUAAAUGCGUGGAGGUGAAUAAAGAAGCCAAGUAUUCUUUUGAAAAGACAGCUUCUCGACUACCAACCACCGUAGACUGCUGCAUCAGCUGGCAUCAAGCAGACACUUCAAAGGAACCACUCUCUUGGUUGAUUGGAUCUGAUGUUGUUGUGGUUGAUCCUCCAAGGAAAGGGCUAGACCCGUCUCUGCUCACUGCAUUACAGUCUCUUUCAUUCACCAAGAUAAAACAUAAUCCACCUGAAAGUACCAAGAGAAAUGUCCAAAAUGAGAAAAGACCAUGGAUUCUUCGAGGAGACACUUCAGUGCAGAUCAAUAAGGAAAUGGGACAAGGUGAAAGUCAGUCGUCACUGCCACAAACUCUGAUAUACAUAAGCUGCGGAUGGGAAAGUUUCAAAGAGGACUGCAUGUCCCUGCUUUCUCGUAAGGCAUGGCGUUUGGAGAAAGUCCAUGGUUUUAAUUUUUUUCCUGGAACACAGAGUAUUGAGAUCCUGGCUGUGUUCAAAAGAGGCUCUGGAGGGAACAUAAAGAAAAAGAAAUCUGGGAAAAAGAAGAAACCCGCUCGAGGCCCACUUGCUGUAAUUGAGGACAACCUUUUUGAAGAAUCGCUUUUCGAUAAUAUUGAAAAUUUGGAAUGAAGAAAAUAAUUUCAGUUUUCUAUUUUACAUACAUGCCUUCGCCAUAGAACAAUAUUGUACAUAGCGAAUUCCUCAAAUAGAUGAGUUGAAUUCUGAACUUUCUGUAAAAGUGUAUGGUGACAAACAGCCUACACACAUUUGGAUAUUAUGUACUUUUGAAUCUGGUAGAAGAAUGUAUUGUUCGAUAAAUAUAGGAAAAUUCCAAAGAAGAAUGUGAUUAUUUUUCUGGA